AUGGGCACCUACGAAUCUCCGCUCACUGCUGCAAUUCGCGUUAAUUCAUCAGAAAAUGUUCGGAUGCUUCUGGCCCGUGGUGCAGAUCCCACAGGCAUCCACAUUCGGGAUUUAUCUGACUACUCUGCUAGGUUCGCACGUGGCCGAGACGCCAAAGUGGACGUGUCGAGUUUUGGCCUGUGCCCUUCACGACUGCACAUUCUAGAAGUUGCAGAGAGCAAGGGAAUCACCAAGCAGACACAGCCGUUGACACAAGCCGAACUGGAUGAGCGGCGCACCAGCUUUCCCCGAUUUUGGACUGAGCCAAAUGUCCCAGGCCUGCGACUGAGGAUGAACAAAAGCAACACAGCUUUAGAAGUGGCUGCUAGCCUGGGCUUUUAG